AACAUGGCGGCCGGGUGGCAGCAGCUGGCUGCAGCCUUCGUGUUCGUCGUCAGUGGCGUUUUAAGUUUUCCUCUCGGCCAGGAAACCAGACAGCCCGGAGCCUGCGGAUACCAGUCAUGUCACGCCACCAAGCCAGACAUGCUGAAUGUCCACCUGGUCCCUCACACACAUGAUGAUGUCGGCUGGCUCAAGACCGUGGACCAGUACUACUAUGGAGAUCGAAACGACAUCCAGCAUGCGGGGGUGCAGUACAUCCUGGACUCCGUGGUGGACCAGCUCUUGAAGAAUCCGGACAGGAGGUUCAUCUAUGUGGAGACGGCGUUCUUCUACCGCUGGUGGAAGCAGCAGAGCUCCAGCAUGCAGCAGACGGUCAAACAGCUGGUUAAUGAAGGCCGUCUGGAGUUUGUGAAUGGCGGCUGGUGCAUGAGUGACGAGGCCACCACCCAUUACAGCGCCGUCAUCGACCAGAUGACCAUGGGCCUGAGGUUCCUCAAUGAGACGUUUGGGUCUUGUGGUCGGCCCCGUGUCGCCUGGCACAUCGAUCCCUUCGGCCACGCCCGCGAACACGCCUCCAUGUUUGCGCAGAUGGGGUAUGACGGCUUCUUCUUUGGUCGUCUGGACUACCAGGACCGGGCUCGCAGGAUGACGGAGAAGGAGCAGGAGCUUCUGUGGAGGGCGUCUGACAGCCUCGCACCCCCCAUGGCGGACCUCUUCACCGGGAUCCUUCCAAACGGGUACAACCCCCCUGAAGGCUUCUGCUGGGACCAGUUAUGUGAUGACCCACCAAUCAGAGACGACCCUGACCUAGAGGACUAUAAUGUAGACGAUGUGGUGAGGCGCUUCCUCGCCAUCGCCAACAGUCAGGCAAAGGUGUACAAGACCAACCACAUUAUCAUGACCAUGGGCUCAGACUUCCAGUAUGAGAAUGCCAACCUGUGGUACAAGAACCUGGACAAGCUGAUCCACUACGUCAACGCCCAGCAGGCGAACGGCGGCAAAGUCAACGUGCUCUAUUCCACCCCCUCCUGUUACCUGCAGGAGCUGCACAGAGCAAACUUCACCUGGGCUUUGAAGACGGAUGAUUUCUUCCCUUAUGCGGACGACGCUCAUGAUUUCUGGACCGGCUACUUCACCAGCCGACCAGCGCUGAAACGUUACGAGAGGAUCGGCAACAGCAACCUGCAGACGUGCAAUCAGCUGGAGGUACUGGGUGGUCCGGCCUCCAGGAACGGACCCUUUGGGGAGGGCGACAGCCAGACCAUGAAGAAAGCCAUGGCAGUGGCUCAGCACCAUGACGCGGUGUCGGGCACAGAGAAGCAACACGUAGCGAACGACUACGCCAGGAGGCUAGCUAACGGCUGGCAACAUUGUCAGGUUUUGGUCAGUAACAGUCUGGCUGCUCUGAGCGGUUCGUCUGCAGAUCGAAUCUACUGUGACAACCUCAACAUCAGUGUGUGUCCUCUCACUGAGUCCAGCAAAAAGUUCUCAGUCAAUGUUUACAACCCUCUCGCUCGCCCCGUCACUUGGCCGGUCAGGCUGCCGGUGAAUGGAACAGCAUACGCCGUAUCAGACGCUAACGGCAAAGCUGUGGACUGCCAGGUGGUGGCAGUGUCCACAUCCACCCGGGACGUGAGGAGAAACCGAGGCUUCGCUGUCAAUGAGCUGGUGUUCCAGGUGCAGGCUCCUUCUCUGGGCUUCACCACCUACUCUGUGUCCCUGCUUCAGGACGGGCCUCCACCUGCCUCCACACAGCACCGCACGCCCACAGCCAUCCAGAACAAGUUCUUACGAGUGACCUUUGACCCCGACACCGGCCUCCUGAGCAGCCUCAGCAACCUGGAGACCAAACAGACCAUCAAACUGACGCAGAAUUUCUACUGGUACAAUGCCAGCGACGGUAACAACUCAGGGAGUAACCAGCCUUCAGGUGCAUACAUCUUCAGACCCAACUCCUCCACACCUUUCAUCAUCAGCAAGACCGCCAAGACAGAGAGCAUUCAGACCUCAGCUGUGCAGGAGGUGAGACAGUGGUUUGCUCCCUGGGUGUCUCAGGUGGUUCGUCUCUACACUGACAGCAGAGCUCUGGAGCUGGAGUGGACAGUCGGGCCGCUGCCCAUCGAUGACGACCUGGGGAAAGAGGUGAUCACUCGUCUGGACACCAGCAUCAAAACUGGUGAAUAUUUCUACACCGAUUCCAAUGGCAGAGAGGUGCUGCAGAGAAAGACAGAUUUCCGGCCCACUUGGCAUCUUAAGCAGUCGGAGCCCAUUGCUGGAAACUACUACCCCAUCAACUCCCGUGCCUUCAUCAAGGAUGAUGAGCACCAGCUCACUGUGGUGACGGAUCGCUCUCAAGGAGGCGGCAGCAUCCAGAACGGCUCUCUCGAGAUCAUGCUCCACCGCCGGCUGUUGUACGAUGAUGUUCGCGGCGUUGCUGAGCCUCUCAACGAGACAUCUCACAUCUUCCCAGAAGGGCUGGUGGUCCGAGGCCGCUUCCUGCUCUCCCUGGACCGCCCGCCCAGCGCGGCUGACGCACACCGCCCCCUGGCGCAGGAAGUAGUACUGCAGCCGCUGCUGACGUUCACUGAUGGAGAUCUGCACCCAAACACUCAGCUGGAGUUCUCUGGGCUGCAGGCUGCGCUGCCCCCUGCUGUCCACCUGCUCACACUGACACAGUGGGACAAAGACUCGGUGCUGCUGAGACUGGAGCAUCAGUUCCAGAGCUGGGAGAGCAAACGGUACUCACAGCCCGUCACCGUCAACCUGCAGAAACUGUUUUCCACUAUGGAGGUUCUGGGCGUGUCUGAACUGAAUCUGUCAGCCAAUCAGUGGAAAGACGAGAUGACACGCUUUCAUUGGACACCACAGACAGAAGAGAGGCCCCUGUUGAAGAAGUUCGAAGAACCCUCUGUGUGGGAGGUGACCUUGAGGCCAAUGGAGAUCCGAACCUUCCUGCUCAGAGUCAGCCUCAGAUAGCCAAUCACAUGCCUCCAUUUUUUCCAACAAGUUACAGAUGAAUUUGUGAUUCCUGUGGUCUCUCGCUUGUGUUUGAUUCGAUCAAGCGAGGACAGUUUUACACCAGUUACUGAAUGCAUGGACACAUGAGAAAGGAUUACAAGUGUUCAUGUUUAGGGCUUGAUUUUCAGUGUGAACCCAGGAACAGACAACACUGCCCACCACAUGAAGUCAAAUCAACUCUGUGGCCGCACCAAGAUCAGGGGUGUUAUACUUUUAUAUUAAGAAAUAAGUUGUAUCUGAAGCUGUUCUGGGUUAUAAAGCUGUGAUUUGUUAAUGGCUUGUAACCAAGAAAGCAAGUCUUCCUCACGUCUGUCCAAACAGAAAAAAAAAAAAAAAAAAGACGAUUAUUUGCCACUUCGUGACACAGAGUGUCUGAACUUGUUUCUCCUUUUAGACGCUCACAAUUUACAGGAUUUGCUGCCUUUUGUACUGCAGACACAUCAAUCCCUCCAAAACUGACACUGGGACAUUUUCUCACCCUGACGGCUAACUUUUUCCACUGCAUGUACGUCAUACAUCACACACAUCCUCAGACAUUUUCUCUCUACAAACAGGUGCCCUCUUGUACUGACUGCCUGAAGUGUGCAAUAAGUGCAACCUUUAUACUUCUGCAAAUGCCGUGUGUGUGUAUAUAGUGUGAAAAUGAUUUUAUACUGAUCAUCAAGCAGCUGACAAUAAAGUCUAAUAUUCUUA